CAGGCCUAGCUCCACGGCUCGGUCGCCCAGUGGCCUGGGAACGCGGGGGCUCCGCCCACGAGCCUUUGUGCGCCUGCUCCUCCGCCUCGCCGCUAGGGAGGCUCAGGCGCUGUAAUGGAGGACGCUGCAACGGCGGGGCCGACGCAGGGGGUCACAGAAAACCGAGUUCGAUCGGCCACCGGUCGGGGAGGAGCCCUGGUGGAGCUCACCCCGACCCCCGGCGGCCUGGCCCUGGUGAGCCCCUACCACACCCACCGGGCCGGGGACCCAUUAGACCUCGUGGCGCUCGCGGAGCAGGUGCAGAAGGCUGAUGAGUUCACCCGAGCAAAUGCUACCAACAAGCUGACAGUCAUAGCUGAGCAAAUCCAACAUUUGCAAGAGCAAGCCAGAAAGGUAUUGGAAGAUGCUCGCAGAGAUGCUGACUUGCACCAUGUGGCUUGUAAUAUAGUGAAAAAACCUGGCAACAUUUACUACCUUUAUAGACGGGAGAGUGGUCAGCAGUAUUUUUCCAUAAUUUCUCCAAAGGAAUGGGGGGCAGGCUGCUCACAUGACUUCCUUGGUGCCUACAAGCUACAGCAUGACAUGUCCUGGACUCUGCAUGAGGACAUUGAGAAGCAAGAUGCUAAGAUCAGCAUAGUGGACAAGUUGCUAAGCCAACCAAUGGCCCUGCCUUUAAGCACUGAACCCAACUUCCAGGGACUAACUCACUGAAUGUGGGUGCUGACAGACAGCUCUCAUGGCCAGGACUGGUCACUUCUUUGUUGUCCUCUUUCUCUGGCCUUCAUGGGUGGUGGCAUAACUGAGGUCAUGGAGGUGAAUCAUGAACUUCUUGGAAGGGGACCCUCUGGGAAUGUAAAUGCUGUUGUUACUAUUAUUUUGGUUGGCAUGGUAAGGAAUCACAUCAGUCUCUUGGGAACCUCUCUGGAUCAAAUACACAGCCCAUCAGUUUCAGA